ACUGAAAAGCUUGAUUUAUUGUGGUUAGCCAAGUUGUAGAAAAGCCUUCAGAGAUAGCUUUGUGAUUGUUCUAAUGGCUGUUAUUGGCCUUAUGCAUAUAAUUUAGCUGUUCUUUGAUUUCCUAUUAAUUAAUAAAGUUAUUUGGGAAGAAUAUCAAUGAAUAUGAGUUUCCAAAUCAAGGAAGGUAUGGAUAGAAACUUGAGAAGAAUUGAAGAAAUUGACACAGAGAAAUAAUUUCUUGACAUACAAGUACUACACUAAUUCAUAUAUGUGAUUUAAAACUAUGUCAAUCAUUUUUUGCUUAACCAUAACGAAAAUAAAGUAAGUUUAAAAUCACAAUCAUUAAAUUGCUUUGAUGUUCAAACGUGGAAUUUAAGAAUGCUCAACUUUAAUUUAGUCUUAUUUUUUAAAUGUUUACUUUAUAAUUUUACAGCUAGCUCUUAGUCCUUAGAAUUCAUUUUAUCAAUAUUCCACCUCUCUUUUUCCAUUUGGAUCCAAUUUCACAGUGCUAAAUACUAAAUACUCUAUGUAUGAUUGAUGAAAAAAAAGGGCCAAGAAUCCCUCCGUGUUCAAGUCGUUUAUAGAUUUGAUUUACAAGAUCAAAAGUACUCUCUUAAUAGAAAUUAAAUGAAAGUUAAACAAUGGGCAAUCAUGUUGAGUUAGAUACAAAUGAUAAAUCAGUCACUUUGUAAAACCAAGUAAUAAUGAUAAUAUUUAUGUACAGACACUCUUUGAAGUCAUUCACUUUUGUUAGGAAUUUUAUUUUAAAUUCAUAGUUACUAAAAACCAAUCAAUAGGUUUGAUUAUUCUUCCACUUGUUAUAGCUCGUCCUCACAUUACAUAUAACUCACUCAUGUCCUAUUUUUAAGUAAAGAAAGCUGUCACUUAAUUUCAAGGUACAUUAUUAUAUACAUGAAUGAAGAAGCCCCUUAGCUAAUUUAACCAAUUCUCCAACCUAACUAUCUUUCAGUAGGAGACCAAUAAACUUGCACAAAACUAACUAGAUUAAACACACUAUUACUAACAAAGUCUGGCUUCAAAAAGUCUUUUGAAUCUUGUGUUAUAAAUGCAUAUAUGGCAACCAUCACUCUCCCAACUAAAACUCUACUCCAACUCUAUAUAUUACUCUUUCCUUCUUCUUCUUAUUCCACCUCAGGCUAUCUUUCUUCUAAAUAAAGUACAAUGCAUACCUUCCAAUGGCUACUACUUUUGAUGUUGGUUUGGAGCUCAACUCUAAACUUUGUCAUGCCAGAGUCUAAGGUACCUUGCUAUUUCAUCUUCGGCGAUUCUCUCGUCGAUAACGGUAACAACAACAAUAUUAACUCACUUGCCAAGGCAAAUUAUCCUCCUUAUGGCAUCGACUUCUCCAAAGGCCCUACCGGCAGGUUUUCUAAUGGUCUUACCACUGUCGACGUAAUCGCUAAACUCUUGGGUUUUUCUGACUACAUCCCACCAUAUGCAAUUGCAAGAGGCAGACAACUCCUCAAUGGUGUCAACUUUGCAUCUGCUGCUGCUGGAAUCAGAGAUGAAACCGGCCGACAACUUGGAGAUAGAAUACCCUUAAAAGGACAAGUGAAGAAUUAUCGAUCCCUCACUAAACAAUUAGAGAAGAUCAUAGGAGACAAGAACUCAACAACUAGUUACUUAAGCAAAUGCAUCUUCUCCAUGGGUCUUGGCAGCAAUGACUACCUCAACAAUUAUUUCAUGCCGCUAUUUUACUCUUCUAGUCGUCAAUACACCCCGGAACAAUAUCGCCAAAACCUUAUCAACCAGUACUCCAAGCAACUCAGAACAUUGUACGAAAAUGGUGCUCGAAAAGUGGCGCUAAUCGGAGUUGGUCUAGUCGGUUGUAGCCCGAAUGAGCUCGCUCAGUUCAGCUCCGAUGGCAAGACUUGUGUCGAGAGGAUUAACAGCGCCAUUCGGCUUUUUAACACUAAGCUUAAGAAACUUGUUAAUAAGUUCAACAAGUUAGAGGAGCUCACUUUCACCUACAUCAAUGUUUAUGAUAUGUUCCAUGAUGUACUCAGUAAUCCUUCAUCUUAUGGGUUUACAGUUACUAACAGAGGUUGUUGUGGAGUUGGAAGGAACAAUGGACAAAUAACAUGCUUGCCUUUUCAAACACCAUGCAGGGAUAGAAAAACACAUGUGUUUUUUGAUGCAUUCCAUCCAACUGAAUCUGUGAAUAUGAUCUUAGGAAGAAGGACUUACAAAGCUCAGUCUUCAUCAGAUGCAUAUCCUUAUGAUCUUCAGCAACUUGCUAAUAAAUAAAUGAUUAAUUCCCACUUUAAACUAGCUAGCUACUUAAUUGGUUAUUAAUAAUUAGUAACUACUCUUGUUGUUAUUUAUGUAUGGUUGAAAUUUAUGGUAGUAUUGAAGCUCUUUGCUGAUUUAAAUAUUUAGUGCUCAAAGGAGUUCUACUUUGUUCUAAUUAAGUUGUUAUUGUUCUUUGAGUGUUUGUA